GUGUGCUGUAAAGCGAGCUAUACCCUGUUUCGCAGCUUCUGCUUCUUUUGAUACCCCGUAACUUGUUGAGUAGACGGCGGAGUUGCCGUGGCUUUCUUGCUAUCGAUAACUAAACAUUCCAUUAUUGCCUGAUCGCCGGCCGUAUUCACAAUGACAUCUCCAAGCACCAUUAAGCAGAAAUUCAUAGCAAAGGGACACCAGCUCGGCGUCGUGGCCGUUGGUUUCUCGGAUGGCCAGCCCAACCAAGGCGUCGAUCCCUCCGGCCUCAUCGAAGCCGGACUUCUUGACCAGCUCCGCGAUGAUCUAGAAUACGACAUUCGCCAUGACGGCCAGGUACACACAUACGCCGAAUUCGUGCCUGAACACGAUCCGAACCACCGGGGCAUGAAAAAGCCUCGAACCGUGAGUGCCGCCACCCAACAGCUAAGCAGGCAGGUCUACGAGCACGCACGCGAGGGCAGACUAGUGCUUACCCUCGGCGGAGACCACUCCAUCGCCAUCGGUACCAUCUCUGGAACCGCGAAGGCGAUCCGGGAACGGUUGGGACGCGAGAUGGCUGUGAUCUGGGUGGAUGCACAUGCGGAUAUUAACAGGCCAGAGGACAGCGACAGUGGGAACAUCCACGGCAUGCCUCUUGCGUUUUUGACCGGAUUGGCAAAGGAUGACAACGAAGAUAUGUUUGGCUGGUUGCAGCCGGAUAAUCUGAUCAGCCCUAGGAAAUUGGUAUAUAUCGGACUAAGAGAUGUGGAUCGCGCAGAGAAGAGACUGCUGAGGGAGCAUGGUAUCAAGGCCUUUAGCAUGCAUGACAUCGACAAGUAUGGUAUUGGCCGUGUGGUGGAGAUGGCCCUUGCGCAUAUUGGUCAAGAUACGCCCAUCCAUCUCUCCUUUGACGUGGAUGCUCUUGACCCACAGUGGGCUCCCAGCACCGGAACUCCCGUCCGAGGAGGUUUGACGCUCCGUGAAGGUGACUUUAUUGCCGAAUCCAUCCACGAAACCGGCAGUCUAGUGGCGAUGGACUUGGUAGAGGUCAACCCAACCCUCGAGACAUUGGGAGCGAGCGAGACAAUCCGUGCUGGAUGCUCGUUGGUUCGAAGUGCACUGGGAGACACCCUUCUGUAGACUACCAGCUUCCGUCUCUUGCCGUUGUGGAGGUCCAUGCACGCCUUCUCGGUGGCCGUAUUGCUACAUUCUGUAAAUUAUGGCGGCAGUUUUGAUUUGGUUUCAGGAAUUUGCUGCUGUCAUCAAAUCAACAUUUGUAUGCAGCUAAAACUAAACAUAG